UCCCAUUAAAGAUGGCCACAGGACCCGACCCAUGUUAGCAGAAAAAGUUGCCAACACACUUAAAACCUAGUAUCUAGAAAAACCGGAAUCAGUAUCAAUUCCUCUCGCUCUCCUCUCCUUCAAUCCCAAUCAUUUAAGUUCCUAAUUUUGAAAAAACUUUUUGAGUCCUCCCUCCCCCAAGAAAAAGAAAAAUGAGUUCAAUUUGCCGUAAUUGCAUUACUACCCAUUAAAACCUUCUGAUUAAAUGCUGGAGCUCUAAAACUUAGCUAAACAAUGACCACUAUUGACACUCUUUUAUCUACUAGGGUUUAUCCUCCCAAAACCUAUAGAAAAUCCUUGCAAUGCACUCCAAUAAUUCGACCAAAAGCAACAUUUCUUCGUCGAUCAUUCACAGCUCUAUGCGGAUUGAAUUCAAGCUCAGAGUCACAGCCCAGUGACACUAAAAAAGAUGGCUUUGUUACUAGAGUUUUAAAGGAAAAUCCUAGCCAACUUGAGCCCAGGUACCGAAUUGGUGAAAAGUUCUAUACUUUGAAAGAGAAAGAUAACUUGAGCAAGAAUCAGAACAAGGGUAUGAUUGAAUUUCUAGCAAAGAGGUUAAAUUUUACAGGAAAAUGGAAAAAAGUGGAUAAUGAGAGUCAAAAUGAGGGUAAAGAUGUGUACUUGAAGGAUAUUUUAAGGGAAUAUAAGGGUAAAUUAUAUGUUCCUGAGCAGAUUUUUGUGGCUGCGUUAUCUGAGGAAGAGGAGUUUAAUAGGAACUUGGAGGAGUUGCCUCAAAUGAGCUUCGAGGAUUUUAACAAAGCAAUGAAGAAAGAUAAGGUCAAGUUGGUGACUUCGAAGGAGGUUAGAGGCAGUAGUUAUUUAGACAAUUAUAGAGAUUUUAUUGUGGAUUUGAAGGAAAUUCCAGGCGAGAAGACAUUACAUAGAACCAAAUGGGCAAUGAGACUCUAUCAGACUGAAGCUCAAACUCUUUUGGAGGAGUACAAGGGUCCACAGUAUGAAAUAGAGAGGCAUAUGAAGUCUUCAGUGGGAAAGUUGCCAGAGUACCCUCAUCCAGUGGCAUCUUCCAUAUCUAGCAGAAUGAUAGUAGAGCUUGGAAUGGUGACAGCUGUGAUGGCUACUGCUGCGGUUGCAGUUGGAGGGUUCCUAGCUUCUGCAGUAUUUGUCGUUACCAGUUUCAUCUUUGUAACGACUGUAUAUGUUAUAUGGCCUAUAGCCAGGCCAUUUGUUAAGCUGUUUCUUGGUAUCAUCUCUGGAAUUUUGGAGGGAAUUUUGGAUUAUCUUGUUGAUGUUUUCAGUGAUGGAGGAGUCUUCUCUAAAUUGUCGGAGUUUUACACAUUUGGUGGUGUAUCUGCCAGCAUUGAGAUGCUAAAGCCCAUCACACUUGUGCUUUUGACUAUGGUUCUUCUAGUCCGUUUCACACUUUCAAGGCGACCUAAGAACUUCAGGAAGUGGGAUUUAUGGCAGGGAAUUGAUUUUUCACGUUCUAAAGCAGAAGCUCGAGUGGAUGGGUCAACAGGAGUUAAAUUUAGUGAUGUUGCAGGGAUUGAUGACGCAGUAGAGGAACUUCAAGAGUUGGUGAGAUACUUGAAGAAUCCUGAACUGUUUGAUAAAAUGGGCAUAAAGCCUCCACAUGGAGUACUUUUGGAGGGCCCUCCUGGAUGCGGCAAGACCCUGGUUGCCAAGGCCAUAGCUGGUGAAGCUGGAGUACCAUUUUAUCAAAUGGCUGGAUCUGAAUUUGUUGAAGUCUUAGUUGGUGUUGGUUCUGCUCGUAUCAGGGAUCUAUUCAAGAGAGCCAAGGUCAACAAACCAUCAGUCAUUUUCAUUGAUGAAAUUGAUGCAUUGGCAACUAGGCGUCAAGGAAUUUUCAAGGAAUCUACUGACCACCUCUAUAAUGCUGCUACUCAAGAGAGGGAAACUACAUUAAACCAGCUCUUAAUAGAGCUCGAUGGCUUUGAUACUGGCAAAGGGGUUAUCUUUUUAGCUGCUACAAAUCGUAGAGAUUUGUUAGAUCCUGCUCUUCUUCGACCAGGUCGUUUUGAUCGCAAGAUAAGAAUCCGUGCUCCUAAUGCUAAAGGAAGGCUGGAAAUUUUGAAAAUUCAUGCUAGCAAAGUGAAAAUGUCAGAGUCUGUUGAUUUAUCUACUUGUGCAAAAAACUUACCCGGAUGGACGGGAGCAAAGUUGGCUCAGCUGGUCCAAGAGGCUGCUCUAGUGGCAGUGAGGCAAGGGCAUGCAUCAAUUAUUCAGUCAGACAUCGAUGAUGCAGUUGAUCGACUGACUGUUGGACCAAAGCGUGUUGGGAUAGAUUUAGGUCAUCAGGGACAAUGUCGUAGAGCUACUACAGAAGUUGGAGUUGCUAUGACUUCCCAUUUGCUUAGGCUAUAUGAAGAUGCAAAAGUUGAAUGUUGUGAUCGCAUUUCAAUUGUCCCUCGCGGUCAGACAUUAUCACAAGUUGUAUUUCAUCGGCUUGAUGAUGAAUCAUACAUGUUUGAGCGCCGACCUCAACUGCUGCAUCGUCUUCAGGUUCUUCUUGGGGCGAGGGCAGCUGAAGAGGUUAUUUAUGGGAGGAAUACAUCAAGGGCAUCAAUUCCCUACCUUGCAGAUGCAUCUUGGCUUGCUCGUAAAAUUAUUACUAUAUGGAACUUGGAGAACCCAAUGGUCAUACAUGGCGAGCCACCUCCUUGGAGAAAGAAAGUUAGAUUUGUGGGCCCACGCCUGGACUUUGAAGGGUCACUUUAUGAUGACUAUGGCCUAAUUGAACCCCCUAUCAACUUCAAUUUGGAUGAUCAAGUUGCGCAGAGAACUGAGAAGUUGAUAAAUGAUAUGUAUGAAAAAACGGUUUCUUUGCUAAGACGGCACCAUGCAGCUUUGCUCAAAGCUGUAAAGGUUCUUAUUAAUCAGAAAGAGAUUAGUGGGAAUGAAAUUGAUUAUAUUCUGAACAAUUACCCUCCGCAAACAUGUAUAAGUCUUCUUUUGGAAGAGGAAAAUCCGGGAAGUCUUCCAUUCACCAAAAACGAACAAGGGCAUGAAGUAGAUUAUGAGCUGCUAACUUCUGCAGAAGGGUGAACCCAUUGAAUGAGAUGCUGCAUUUUUCAUGUCAAGACAGCUGCGGAAACAGUACUAGUUGUCAGUACACGCCAACAUUUGCAGCACCUGGAAUCUUGCUGCUUUUUGAGAUCUUAAAGGAGUUGUAAAAUUGGUUAACAUGAAAAUUUUGUUUUUGAUCAACAGUGCUGGUUGUAAAUUAAUUCAUUUAUGUGUUUACAUCUUUGCUCUUGUUGGUAUUAAUAAAUUAAAGCUCACAAGUGAAAAAAGAAGGAAAAUCACAUGGCGUGAACAAGUCAUUAUUCCA